GUGGCGUGUGACGUCAUAAGCCUGCGCCGGUCCCGCGCUGUGAUUCAACUGGAUAAAGGAUAAAGUGUCCAAUCGCAGAUGAAAAACUCCUGCUGAAGUGACUGAUCUCCACACUGUUAUAAAGAUGGCGUUUAUUAAAGAGGAGAGUGAAGAUGUAAAGAUUGAAGAAACAUUCACAGUCAAACAGGAAGAUUUGCAGGAACAAACAGACCUGAUGGUGCUGAAAGAAGAGACUCAUCAAUGGAAUAAAAUGGAAGAGAAACAGCAAGAAAUAACAACUGAUGAAAAACCCACACUGACUGAAAAAACUUCACCCAGAAGACCUCAGAAAUCCAAAUCUGAGUGUAAUUUCAGCAGUGAACAGUGUAGAAAGAGUUUUAGUCAAAAGCCAAACCUUGAUGUUCACAUGAGAGUUCACACUAGGGAGAAACCUUACAAUUGCGAACAGUGUGGAAAGAGUUUUGGUCAAAAAAAAAGCUUCAUAACCCACAUGAGAAUUCACACUGGAGAGAGGCCGUACACAUGCCAAGAGUGUGGACAAAGCUUCUAUCAUGCAGGAAACUUUGCAGCGCACAGGAGAAUUCACACUGGAGAGAGGCCCUACACAUGCCAACAGUGUGGAAAGAGUUUUAAGCAAAGUGGCAACCUUAAAGUUCACAUGAGAACUCACAAUGGAGGAAAAAAAUUUACUUGCACACAGUGUGGGAAAAGUUUUGCUCGAAAACAAGAGCUUGACACCCACAUGAGGAUCCACACUGGAGAGAAACCAUACACAUGCACAGAGUGUGGUAAACGUUUCACAUGUAAUAGCGCACUCAAUAACCACAUGAAAACUCACACCGGAGAGAAGCCGUUUCCAUGUGCUCAGUGUGGAAAGAGCUUCACAACCAAAGCUAGCCUUAUGAACCACUUGGAUGGUCACACUGGAACCAUAGUGUUCACAUGUGAUCAGUGUGGAAAGAGUCUCACACGCAAAGACACCAUUAAGCAACACAUGAAGACUCACUCAGGAGAGGAUCGUUUUAGAUGCAGUGAGUGUGGAAAGGGCUUUAAACAGAAAAUAAGCCUCAGUAAUCACCUGAAACUUCACAAUGGAGAGCAGAGUGCUCAACAUUGAGAGCUUGUCCACAUAAA